UUUUAAGUCAAAAGAAGUAGUAUAUCGUAUAAGCAUACAUUUAAGCCAUUUUAAUGGUAGUUUAUAUAUAUACAAGUGAUUUGCGCACGUGUUUCCUUUUGGGAAUAUGUCGAAUGAAAAUGGAACUACAAACUCGCGGAAAGUUUUCGUCAAAGUCAAUUUCCUAAAGGUUACGGACAUUGACACGCUGAAGGAAGUUUUCCACGCGGAUAUAUUCGUACAAACAAGAUGGCGGGAACCAUCGCUCGACAGUGCACAGGAAACCAAACGCAUCGACACAAGCAAGUACUGGAAUCCCAAAAUUAUCAUUACCAACAGCGCCCCGUCAGUUGACUGCAGAGUAUGGGCGUCCGUGAGCCAAAACACCGUUGGUGAGGCCUAUAUUGUGGAAAAGAGGCGGCUCAAAGGCGUCUUCUCAGAGAAUCUGGAGUUGCAUGAAUUCCCAUUUGAUGUACAAGACCUGUCCGUCGUUGUUUCUUCGGAGCAUGAGGACGACCUUAUCGAGAUCGUGGAAGACGAGGAAGAAAUAUCCGCUGUUAACGUCAUGUGUUUUGUGGACGAAACUGAAUGGCACAUACGUGACCUUGUGUACACAGAGCCGAGAGUAUUCAACAAGGAGAUCAGUGAUACCCAGUUUAAAAACCCAGCUCUGUUGGUGAAAUGCGUAGCUACAAGACGAGCUGGCUUCUUCUUGUACAACAUAAUUAUGAUCAUGACGAUGAUUUCAUCCUUGAGUUUAACAACGUUCGGAGUGAACACCGUAAAGAUUGAGAAUCGACUUCAACUCGGCUUCAUCAUUACCCUGACGGGAGUGACGUUCAAGAUGGUCUCAACCUCGAGUUUGCCAAAAAUACCUUACCUUACCCAUCUGGAUCGUUUUAUCAUCGGUAACAUGUCCUUCAACUGGCUCGUCUGCGUCUGGCACGGUAUUCUCUCCCAACUCCAGGAAAGGGACAAUAUCGCUGAAAUUGACAGCUAUGCAUUCUACACCCUUACUGCAGUGUUCGUACUGUUCCAGCUUAUUAUUUGGAUCAUCAUUAUUGCCAGGCGUGCGAAAAGACUCUAUGCAGUCGACAUAAUAGAGAAGGCUUAUCAGGAGAAGGCGUUGAGUCUGAUGGGGUCGUCAUGGAAGAACGAUAGACGCGCCAGGAAGAUGCGACUGAACAUGCGCAAUAAAAUAGACGCCGCUGGGACGUUCGCAGUUUGAUUGCUAAAUUGACAUUCUAUCUAACUGCAUAGAAUAAGCAGGGCAUUGUGAUUAAAUUGAUUUGCCAUGUGUUCAUGUGGUAGCAUCACUAUCUUGUAAAUAUAUUAUAAAUAUGCAUUUGAAUAUUCGGCUUAGGUCCAUCGUGAAUGGGAAAUGUACGCGACAGGAAGUUGUUUCUGAACAUGCGCAGUAAAACAGACGCCGCAGGGACAUUCGCAGUGUGAUUGCUGAAUUGAGAUUUUCUCCAACUGCAUAGAAUAAGAAAGAAUUUGUGAAUAAAUGGAUUUGCUUAUUUAUGUGAUCAUGUGGAAAAAACAAACCACUUUCUUGUUAAUCUGUACAUUUAAAUAUCGAUUUGGGUUCAUCAAGGAAAGAAAAUAUUGCGACAGGAAGUUGCUUCUGAACAUGCGCAAUAAAAUCGAGGCCGAGGUGUCACUUGGAGUUUUAUUAUUUAAUUGACCUCAACUCUAACUGCUUAUAAUAAGCAUGACAGCUGUGAAUAAAUGUAUUUGUUAAAUCAUAUGCACAUGUGGAAAAACACUUUCUUGUUAAUCGGUCAUGAAUAUGAAUUUGAAUAUUGGAUUUGGGUUCAUCGUGAAAGGGAAAUGUACGCGACAGGAAGUUGUUUCUGAACAUGCGCAAUAAAAUCCACGCCGUGUUGAAAUUUAAAGGUUUAUUGGUGAAUUAACCUCAUUGCUAACGGCGUUUAUAACCAGGACAGUUGUCAACAAAUGUAUUUAUUCUAUUGUGUGAUUAUGCGGUACUUUUUUAAUUGUCAUAAUCAUUUGAUUGUUUUAUUUGUUAUUGUUAUGACAGUGAGUAGCAUUAAAAGUCGUAAGUUA